AUGCUAUCUGGGUAGCAAAGAUCAGUUGAGCCAUCACGUCAUUUAUAGUUAUUUCGGGUAGUCGGACUGUCGCUAGUGCUAAGAUGUUCAAGUACGUAUAUCCAGCUUUGUUGGUCCUUUUGCUCGCGAACCAGCGUUUGGCGCAAGGAUACGUCCAUAAAGCAGGGGAUGGCAAGCAGUUUUCCGCGAAGAAUUGCAUUAAGGAAUACAAUGCGACCUGCCUGAAGUUGGAUAUAGUGUCCUUUAUCGAGAGGCUUUCCGAGCGCAAGGAAUUUCAAAUAUUACCCCAGGUGAGCAUCGUUCGCGAGGGAAGCAUCAACGAUUUGGAAUCGGCACGGAUGAUGGCAGAAAUUGUGAGAAGCAAUCCCAACGACACCGAAAAACGCCUGGAUAACUACAUCUUUGCCAAGCUUGGAAAUUUCCUGCAGUCACAUACUAUGAAAAUUAAACUUGUGGAUCAGGAAGCUGUAGCGGAGGCACGAGCUGCAUUUACCGGCCGGAAAAAGUUUGGCAAGAAAGGGGGCUUAGAGGCACUGUUAGCUGCAGGAAUGAUGAUGAAAGGCACUCUGAUGGCUCUUGGAAUGGGAGCAGUGGCUUUACUUGCCGGAAAGGCACUCAUGACAGGUGUAAUGGCGUUGGUGUUAGCGGCAAUCACCGGUCUGAAAUCCCUGGCAUCGGGUGGUAAACAGACUACCUAUGAAAUCGUGGCUAAGCCGGUUUAUUCGUCAUCACAUACACAUUCUACAAGCCAUGAAGAUGUACACGGACAUGGAGGCGGCGGGCAUGGCCACAGUGGCUACGGAGGAUACGGACGAUCAUUAGAUGUAGGCUAUUCGCCAUACUCUCAGCCUAUUUAAGGAUAAAGGCGAUGACUGUGAAUAUGUGACCGUAAAUUAUUGUUCUUUAUUUAUUUUGUGAAUGAGUUGUACAAGAGUGAAUGAGUGAACUAAUCGUCCUUGAUAAAAUACAUAUUUAUUUUUUACGAUUCA